AUGGUGUUGAUUUUAAACGGAAUAUCGCCCACUAACCUCCCGCAGGACACGCAGUCCCUCUACAACGAUUAUCCCGUUUACGCGAAAACCGCAGGAGAUUUAUUAGCGAUUCCCAGCAGAGUAAUCGAACCGAAUAAGCUACUCUACGUAGGCCAAAGCGAAUUCGCAGCAGUCUUACCUCACGAUCCUAACGUAGACAUCAUCGGUUCGGACGCCGCCACUACUUGCAUUAUAAUCGUCCUGCGACACUCGGGCUCCGGGGCCGUGGCCCUGGGGCACUUCGACGGAAGCGAAACCAAAGAAGGCGUCGUGGCUGUGAUACAGAAACUCCGAGGCCUCUCGCUCGCCCGUUCCGAAGGCAGGUUAGAGCUGCAACUGAUCGGCGCCUACGAGAACGAAUCUAGUAGCUCGGAGGAGGUGUUCCGAGGCAUCAUCCAAGCAUUCCAUGAGUAUCCCGACGGGAUUCAUUUAACUCUAGCGUGCGUUGGAAAAGUAAUUACUAUUUACGAUGAUAAAAAAGUGCCUAAACCCAUCAUAUACGGCAUAGGAAUAAGAGUUAAAUCGGGCGAAAUGUUCCCGGCUACUUACCCGGAUAAAGGCCCCGAGCAGCACCUGCGCAGCAUACGGAGCAUCGAAGCACUACCCAGCCAAAGAAUGGUGGAUAUUUACGAUAACGAAUCGGGGUUUUUGAAGAUCCAACCGUUCCAUUAUGAACCAUGGGCGCAUAGAAGUUGUUGGUCGAAUCGCACCGAUGAGGCUUUGUUACAGCGCUACUCCACAUCGCCCAUGGCGGAGCCCCCCGACAUGGCCCAUAACAUAAGGAAUAUGUUGAAGUUUAUCCAUGAACAUUCCGCUCGGGAUGUGUUUAAAGAUAACAAACCGCUGCUUUUCAGGAUGCAUUCAGGCCUGUGGGAGCCUCUCGAUUAG